UUAACAUACCCUUAAAACCUCUUAAACACACUGGCGUUUUUUCAUUUUCAGCAGAUGAUAAUUCAUGAAAUCAAGAAGUAUAUUGGUCAUUUCCGGGAUACGAAUCCACGAUCUUUGACUUGGCAUUCCGAAGACCCUACACUUAGCUAAUACUUCUUAAAAGCUUACUGGUGUUAUAUUCGUAUUUCAUUACAUAAAUUCCUUCAUUUGGAAUAAAGAUGAAAUUACCUUUAUCCACAUCCAGCAAAUGUUUUAUUUUCUUAAGUCAGGUAAAACAAUAACAGCACGUUAUCUUCCAGCAAUCAACCGCACGUCGUCCGGACCCUCCCUCUGUAACUCGUACAAAACGUGUCGGCAUGUGAAUUCAGUUUAAUACUCUGGAGACCACAAGUCGGUGUGAAACGAAAAAUUGCGGGAUAUAAGUCUGUUCUGCGGUUUGAAAUAUCAAGUAUUUGGCAUUUUGUGUAAGCUUUACGAAAUUUAUUUGCAAAUGAUUUUGUCUGCUAUUUUUUUUGUGUUUUCAAGUUUCCAUUACUGAGAAACAACCUUAUUUUUCACCUAUCAAACAUCUUGUAUGGCCACAUACGCCCUCUUCUUUUACAUAUAAUCACACCACCGUUUUCGCAGCCAUACCUUACCUUAUGAUUGAUCAUUUUCAUCCGAAGGCGACGCUGCAUUUGAACGACAUGACCAACUCAAUCCUACAUACUUCUCUAAAGCUUAAAAGCAAAGAACAAAAGGAAUACUUUGUAAAAACUAAUAAAUAACUUUAAUGUCUGCACCAUAUUGUUCCAACCGUGAGAUAAAUAAGAUUAUUCUUAUAGAUUCGACCUGCAGCCUUUAAAACGAGUUACUCUUUUACAAGUGUGAGCUGGCAUCUUGCCAUUGAAGAGCUCUGUAGGUAUGUACUGUUCGACUUAUACUCGGUUCUUAUGCAGCGCAUGACGUACUUCUGGACCAGAUAUUUUCCAGUGGCUUCCUCAUAUACACAUCUGUAUUUAAUAUCAUACUUAGUAAAUCUUUUUCUUUUGUUGUCCAGGUAUUAUAGACUGAACAAACUGGCUGUUGUUAAAGGAUAAUGUGUAAGCUCUGGAAUGCGACAGCAGUAUUCAUCAUCAACCUUCACAUCACUGAUGUUUUGUUCGGCAUCCUGAUAUUGCCACUGUCCGCAAUGACCUUCGCCCAGAGGCACUGGAUCUACGGGAUAGUAAUGUGCCGUGUCUAUGCCCUGCUCAAGUAUGGCCUGAAUGCCGUCUCCAUCUUCACGAUACUGGCCAUCACUAUAAACAGAUAUGUUCUGGUUUGCCAUCCUUUGCUGUAUCCCAAAAUUUACAAGACAAGAAACUUAUCCAUAAUGUUACUGGCAAUAUGGAUCUCAGCUUUCGCCUUAUUCUUAUUGCCUACCUUUGGAUUAUAUGGCCAAUUUAAAUUAGAGCCAGGUGGGGGAUUUUGCACCAUGCUUCGAGACAUAAACAACAGAUCUCCAAAAACAUUCAUGCUGUGUUUUGCGUUUGCGUUACCGUAUAUAAUCAUAGUUUUAUGCUACACCCGAGUAUGGUGGAUCGUAAGGAAAACUGCGAAAAAAUCUAUAGUAUCCAUGCCAACAACACAUUUACCGAUUUCUGAUGCUCAACCAAAUUAUUCUGGGAACAAAAAACAGUACGUCUCUUUCGAAAAAUCUAAUUUAUCAAGCAGCACGACUGAAGAGGCAACCGCCUGUAUUAUAACGCCUACGGAAGAAAGAGAAGGAACAAUAACCAAGAUCUUCAAAGCUCCGUUCAGAGCAACAAAGAAGGAAGUAAGAUCUAAACUCCCCACUAGGAGAGACAAGAAACUGAGAACGGUGAUAGCAGCUAUCAUGCUGUCUUUCUGCCUCACUCACAUGCCAAUAAUGAUUACAAGGAUUGCUUACAGGAACACCAAACUGGAUCCAACUGCUAAUGUUAUUGCUCAUAUGUUAGAAUAUUUCGCGAGUUUUUUAAACCCCAUGAUAUAUGGGUUUAUGUCCAGAGAAUACCGUAAAGCGUAUAAAAAUUUGUUUGAGAGCACGCUCAAUAAGAUUCUUAAACGUUAGAACUUAAUUGUAAAGCAUGAAAAAAAUAUAGAGAAAUGUUCUAAGGAUUUUAGAAAACGGCUCCUGCACUACGAAAUUUAAUCUUUGUGUUUCGAGGGAUUUCACAAACAUUCAAGUCACAUUCACAAAGACAACAUUCACAAUCAUGUGUGAAUCGUACUAACGCUUGUCCUACGAGGGGAUCGAACCCGCGAAAGGUCGCGCGCAUUGGGUCUGCAUGGUGACCUCACUCGGCUCCCAUAAUACUGUACAAUAAGAAAUACGAAAAAGAUUGACUAUGUAAUUAGUAACUAUGUGCUUUUGCAGCCGAGUUCUCUAGCGUUAAUAGAAAACGAAUUAAUUACAUUAGAUUACAAUUGUCAUUUCCAUACAUUUUAGAGUCUUUUUAUCAAUGAUUACCUCUUUAUAAAAUUAGUAUAGAUUAUGUUUGAUUGAAAUGUCAUUUGACUAAGGGACGGUUGAGGUUAUAUACUGAUAUUUUUCUUCAAAUUUUAUUUUAAUGAGGUUUUUAUUAUCCACGUAAUAUAAUAUUACAAAUCACAUCACUGUGUUGACAGUAACAGGACAGGAUAGCAAAAAAUAUUCAAAUGUAAUUAUAAAGUGUUUAUAAAAUGAACACAAAAUACUUUCAAUAUAGUUUUAUCAGCAAAUUAUGACGUUAUUGCGGAAAAUACAGUAAUAUUAAUUACUAAUAACAACUACAAUGGUUAUUUUAAUGUUUCAAUUCAUCAGUAACGUGUGGUUUUGAUUUAUAUUACCGAGAUAUAAAUGGUGCUAUUACGUAAUCAAAACGAACAAUGUAUUUUUGAAUUUGUAGGUACUGUAAAGUUUUUAGCAAGUGGUAAAUAUGUAAAAGAAAACCAUCACAACUGAUACUUUUAAGGGGCAGUUUGAUAUUUGUCUCCUUACCACAAAACCUUAAGAAAAAAAGCCGCCAAGUACGAGUUAGACUCGCGACACUAGUUAGCUAAAAAUAAAUAUUCGUUGUAAGUUAUUGUUUUAAUUUUAAAAUGUUAGCCAAUGAAUCUAGUUUAUGCAAAUGAAAAAAAUGUGUUAUUAAAGGUGCUAUAAAU